AUGAAAUUCAACUUAAUUUUGAGCUUGUUCGUUGCUUUUGCCAUUUUCAGCCUUUCAAAUGCUGGAGGUCCAUCAGACGCAUGGAUAGAACAUUGCCGAACAGUUUGUAUGGUCUGUAGUCCUGAGCCAUAUGAUCCAAACUGUGAUUGUGAAGCUAUAUUUGGAGCAAGAUCUGUUGCAAAUGCAGGAACACCAUCAUGGGAAUCAUCAUGGGGUCCAUCAUUUAGUCCAUCAUGGUUGGAAUAUUGUCAACAAGCUUGCAUGCUUUGCGGUCCUGUUCCAUUUGAUCCACUUUGUGAUUGCGAAUUAAUCUUUGGUGUCAAAUGUUCACCUCUAAUUGAUUCUUCAUCAAGCGAAAGUGAAUCUUCAUCCACUUAUACUGAAUCUUUACUUCAGUCCAUUUCUGAAAGUCCUUAG